CAGAACCUGACAAACUGGGAUUCGCGGUUGAUUAAAGUUAAAUUGCAUUGCAAUUAAUUGGACAAUGGUUGUGAAGUUUAGUAAGCCCAUUCUUAUUGGAAGUGCAAUAGGAACUAUUGUUGGGGCAUCUAUUUUAAUUAAAGACUAUUGUGCUGGAAAUAAAUAUGAAGAACCCAACCUGAUUGAGAACAAAGUUGUUAUUGUAACUGGAGCGAACACUGGGAUCGGGAAAGAAACUGUUAGGGAAUUAGCCAAGCGUAAAGGGAAAAUAAUAAUGGCUUGUAGGGAUCUCAAACUCUGUGAAAAGGCAAGAGAGGAAAUUGUUUUGGAAACGAACAAUAAAUAUAUAUAUUGCAGAAAAUGUGAUCUUUCUUCUCAAGAGUCGAUUAGAAACUUUGUUGAAAUUUUCAAAAAAGAGGAAAAUAGACUUCAUAUUUUAAUAAAUAAUGCUGGAGUAAUGAGAUGUCCACCACUGAAAACAAAGGAAGGAAUUGAAAUGCAGUUAGGAGUGAAUCACAUGGGGCAUUUUCUGUUAACCAUGUUGCUACUCGAUGUGUUAAAAAAAAGUGCCCCAAGUAGAAUUAUCAACGUAUCAAGUAUCGCUCAUUUUAGGGGCAGAAUCAAUAAAGAAGAUCUUAAUAGUGAAAAGAAUUAUGAUGGAGGAACUGCAUACGCUCAAAGUAAGCUGGCGAAUAUUCUGUUCACAAAUGAACUCGCUAGAAAACUUGAAGGAACAGGCGUAUAUGUUAAUUCUGUUCACCCUGGGAUUGUCGAAACAGAAAUCACUAGGCACAUGAGCUUUUUCAAUUCCACAGUUUCGUCUUUAUUCCUUAAACCAAUUCUGAGGAUAUUUUUGAAAAAUCCUGUACAAGGAGCUCAAACAACUUUGUACGCUGCUCUCUCUCCUGAUUUGGAAGGAGUUACUGGAAAAUACUUUGCGAAUUGUAUGGAAGCCAAAACAAGUCAAGAAGCGCACGACGAACCCCUCGCAAGGUGGCUUUGGGCCGUGAGUGUGAAGUGGACCAAACUUGAUAAUGCCAAAGAAUAUCAGAUAUAAUUGGAGAAAUAUUGAUUUUAAUAGUAUUUUUUAAGUAGUACUGUUAUUUUAUAAGUAAAUUAUUAUUUCUUAAAAUAUAUCUUCCUAGUCAAUAAUAAUAGUUUUUAACAUGAUUAUAAGAAAAAGGCUAUGUGUUUAAAUUUCUUACUUUGAUUUUAGAUGUG